AUGGAUAAGAAGAAUCUGCCUCCGUUUCCGGUGCGGCAGAUGUUUGUUCUGGCGCUCUGCAGAAUAUGCGAACCGAUUGCGUUUAUGUCCAUCUUCCCCUACAUCUACAUGAUCGAGGACUUCAACAUGACCGACGACAAAAACAAGAUCUCCGUAUACGCUGGCAUGGUCACCUCGGCUUUCACCUUAGCCGAAUUCUCAACAGGACUCAUGUGGGGACGACUCAGCGACAAGAUCGGCAGGAAGCCUGUGCUCCUAACCGGCCUUGCAGGCACGGCACUGAGCGUCUUGCUUUUUGGCUUUGCGCCCAACCUCCCUGUUGCUCUCUUUGCCAGAGCGCUAGGUGGAUUAUUGAACGGGAACAUUGGUGUCUUACAGACUACUGUUGCCGAGCUCGUGACUGUAAAAGAGCACCAGCCGCGAGCAUACACGAUCAUGCCAUUGGUUUGGUGUCUGGGCUCCAUCAUCGGGCCCAUGAUCGGAGGAGCACUUGCCCGACCGUGCAUCAGCUACCCCAAUGUCUUCCUCCCCGGCACAAUUUGGGAGAGAUAUCCUUAUCUUCUGCCCAACUUGUUUAGUGCUGCUGCUGUCUGCUGCGGUGUCAUCAUCGGCCUGCUGUUUCUGGAAGAGACUCACCCUGAAAGGAAGCAUCGUCGGGAUGCUGGGGUUGAGCUGGGAAAGCGCUUCACUUCUUGGAUGUCAUCCAACAACUGCCAGCUUACAGCAAGAAAAGCUGAGAAGCAGGCGUUGCUCGAAGAAGAACAACUACCGGGCUAUCGCACCUCGGAGAACUCGCCCCAGCUGAGCACAACCUCUGCGCCGGAGCUCAACGACAGCCUGGAUCUCAAUGCAUCUUCGUGCGGUGCUAGCGACGCAGGAAGUGAGAUGAAGUCCAAGAUUUUCACGAAGGCUGUGGUCCUGAACAUCAUCUCGUACGGCAUUCUUGCUUUCCACACGAUGACCUUCGACCAGCUUUUCCCGGUAUUCCUCAGCACCAAGUCGCCUGUCGAGAAAGAAUUCCACCUCCCUUUCAAGUUUGUCGACGGUUUCGGGAUGGAGACGAAAGAGAUCGGUGUCAUUCUCUCUGUACAAGGCGUCUAUUCGAUGAUUUCGACCGUCUUCUUGUUCCCAAUAGUCACCAGGAGGCUGGGCGCCCUGCGACUUUUCCGCUUCAUGGCACUGUCUUAUUUUGCCCUUUACCUGACAACGCCCUAUCUCGUCCUGCUUCCCGAGAACUACCGCAUGGUGGGCAUUUACUUCAUGGUCAUCUGGAAGUGCACCUUCUCGACUAUGGCUUAUCCUGCCAACGCCAUCCUCCUCACCAAUUCGGCGCCCAACCUGACGACUCUGGGGACCAUCAACGGUGUGGCAGCCUCGACUGCCAGCUUGUGCCGAGCUUUCGGACCCACAAUCUCGGGUUUCCUGUACUCCAUCGGCCUUGAGACUGGCUACUCGGGCCUCGCUUGGUGGACCAGUGCCGCCAUCACCAUCAUUGGCGCUUUCAUAAGUCUUCAGAUCAAGGAGGGCCCCAGCCGGCUGGACGAGCCCAUGGAGGACGUUGAGACGGCCAUCGAACCGACAGAGCGCGAGGGACUUCUGGUUGACUUUGACGAGGCCGAACAGGAGCAAGACAACCACGACAGACGAUGA